UCAGAUUACCCGUUAUAACUGAAGAUGCCACAUGACCACAACGAUGGGCCGCCGCGUGGCCAUCUCGCCUUCCACGCCUAGGUCGCGAGCGAUGGAUAAGUACGAACAGUUGUCUGUGGUCGGUGAAGGCUCAUACGGCGUGGUGCUGAAAUGCCGCCGCCGCGACACUGGCCAGCUGGUGGCCAUUAAGAAGUUCCUAGAGACGGAAGACGAUGCCGCCGUGCGCAAGAUGGCGCUCAGGGAGAUACGGAUGUUGAAGAAGCUCCGCCACGAUCACCUAGUGAACAUGAUCGAGGUGUUUCGACGCAAGCGCAGGUUCUACCUCGUGUUCGAGUAUCUGGACCACACACUGCUGGAUGAGCUGGAAGCGUCGCCAGGAGGUCUGGGAGAAGAUACUGCUAAGAAGCAUCUCUAUCAGCUCUUGAAGGGAGUUGAUUAUUGUCAUCAAAAUUCGAUAAUCCACCGAGACGUGAAGCCCGAGAACGUGCUAGUCUCCAACAAUGGUAUAGUCAAAUUAUGCGAUCUCGGGUUUGCACGAGCGCUAGCCGCACCAGGGGAGCCGUACACGGAGUACGUGGCCACCAGGUGGUACAGGGCGCCGGAGCUGCUGGUCGCUGAGCAUAGAUAUGGUCCAGAAGUGGACAUCUGGGCGAUCGGUUGUCUCUUUGCGGAAAUGUUGACGGGAGACCCACUGUUUCCUGGUGAUUCGGAUAUCGACCAACUUGCUCUUAUAAUCAAAACUGUAGGUAAGCUAGCACCGCGUCACCAGCAAGUGGUAUCGCGUCUAUCUGGCGGUGCUGCGCUGUGUACGGGCGGGGCGGGUACUGGGCGCGCGGCGCUGCCGGGCGCGGGGCUCGCGCGGGAGCUGCUGGCCGCCGCGCUGCGCACCGAGCCGCGCGCUCGCCCCGCUGCGGCCGCGCUGCUGCGACACAAAUAUUUUGUUACUGAUGGUUUUGCGGAGAGCUUUAAUGCUGAAUUGAGGAAAAAACUUGGCAAAGAGUCUGAGACUCCUCCACCCCAAGGUGCAGCUCGAGUGACCGGUAAACCAAGACAACAAUGGACAUUAAACAUUAUUUCUGACAACAAUAGGUCUCGAACAGAAAGCACUACGGGUGAGUCGCUGAUCGACUAUAACUAUACGCCGAGUACAGAAGUUCAAAUGGAAACUAGUGUUGUCGAGAAAAAGUCACAACUGACAGCCGCUGCACCAGCGCCUACUGACGAUGAGGUGGGUUGCUGGUGUCCUACUACAGUAGGUGCGGGGGCGGCUGGUCGCGCGCCGCGGUCUCUCCCGCGCGCGCUGAAUGACACGUUUCACACGUUCGGGGUGCCGCUCAACGCGUACCCGAAGACGCCGUAUAUCAAGAAGGUGAACAGUAAAUUGGUAAUGGACGAAGAGUUGCUGCGCGGUCGGUCGCUCGCCAAGAAGAGUAUGAAGAAAUCACCGCCGGAUAUAUCUCUACCCUAUGUACCAGGAGCUAGCAAUAGUCCAAUGAAGAAAGCGAAGAAGCCCCAACCAUCGCAGCAUCACACAUCUAAAGCACACGACGCCUGGGACAGUAAUCGUAACAGCGUAGACUUGACGUCGAGCCAGCGUACCCCAACCAACCUGCCCUACAUGUGACUACAGGGGACGAGAGCAAUUUUCCAAAAGCCCUUCACCAUAGUGCAGGGCUUUCAGAAAAAUGCCAGACAUUAUUAUUAUUAAUUCUAUCGAAACUACUUGUGAAUUUGUGUUGCUACCUACUUAAUAUGUGCAUAUUUCGGUCACGUUCUUUUCGCUAAAAGCGCAUCAUUAGGUAUGGAAUGAUUUUGCAGGCAUACAAAAUUAUGUUCUAUAUGUGUGUUUUGUUUGCUUCUAUAGUCGUUAAAAAUAGUAUCUGUAAAAGCUAAAGGAAUUUUAAAUCUAAAUUUAUAAGACAGUGGUUAGGACUUGUUAAUUUUAGCAGUGCAUCUUUGUGGGCUGCAGACGCCUUUUUCAUUAAAUUUAAAAAUCUAGCUUUGUUGACAUACUUGUGUUAAAUUUAUAGUGCUUAUUUGUCAAUGUUAAUUUAUUA